CACAACUCUCCUUAGUACCAAGAAUUAUUUCCUACUGCUCAUAUAAACUGUGAAUGUGACUCCGUGGAGACUUGCCACUAUAUGGUUAAUUUUAAAUGACGGCGUGGAAAAGUUUGUCGGUCCGCUCUCCAAACUGCUUCGAACUAGCUAAGUUAGCUAUUCCGGGCCUCCUGUCAGUGCCAGCUCCGUGCACCAGCCACAAGACUAAGAAAUAACACGGUUGUACUCGGAGGCAGCACCGAUACCUGUACUGACGGCUCCAGCUGAUCUGAGUGAGAGUAAUUCGGACAGGCGUGGACUUCAAACCGUGAAACCUCGUGCACCAACAGGAGUGAGAACAGAUCAGAUGGCAGCUAGCAGCUCCAGUUUCAUGUAGAACCUGUCUGGAUGGAGGAGACCCUAAAAACGGCGUUAUGGCCAUGGAGAGCAGUGGCUGGAAUACCUGCGACUACAGCCACAAUGUCACUUUCUUCUACAACUGGGUGGGCAAGAAGGUCAGUGUAGGGUGGACACCGCGGGACUUUGUGGUGAUCGGACUUGGCUUGACCGUAUGUCUCAUCGUGGUCCUGGCCAAUCUGAUGGUGAUGGUGGCCAUCUUCAUGAACCACCGCUUCCACUUCCCCAUCUACUAUCUCCUGGGCAACAUGGCUGCAGCAGACCUGUUUGCAGGUAUCGCCUACACCAACCUGAUGUUGAACACGGGCCCCUGGACCAGGAUGCUCACAAAGGAGCAGUGGUACAUCCGCGGGGCUUUAAUUGACAUCAGCCUGACGGCCUCUGUGGCCAACCUGCUGGCUGUCGCCGUGGAGCGCCACCAGACCAUCAUCACCAUGCAGCUGCACAGCAAGAUGACCAAGCGGCGUGUGGUGCUGCUGAUCGUCUGUAUCUGGGUCGUGGGCAUCAUCAUGGGUACAGUUCCCUCGACGAUCUGGAACUGCGAGUGUGAUCUGGAUGACUGCUCCACUGUCGCUCCCCUGUACAGCCGCCGCUUCCUCAUCUUCUGGGCGGUUCUCAACCUACUCACUUUCUGUAUCAUGGUGGCCAUGUACACCCGUAUCUUCAUAUAUGUGAGAUACAAGAGCCAGUACGCGUCUCAGCACACCUCAGAGACGUGCCACAACCAGACUGUUGUCAACCUCAUGAAAACUAUCUCCAUGGUUCUCGGCGCAUUUGUAAUCUGCUGGACGCCUGGCCUCAUCACUCUCUUACUGGACGGGCUGUUGGGCAAAGACAGCCACGCCAACAACUAUGAGAAGUUCUGUUUGGUGAUGGCAGAGUGCAACUCUCUGGUCAAUCCCAUCAUCUAUUCCCUGCGAGACAAAGAGAUGCGGAGGACGUUCAAGUGGAUCCUGUGCUGCAUUUGUCAGAGGAGUGCAGACCAGCAGAGGGAACUGUCACUUGUGGAGAUCGCCUCACCACUGCCAGAGCUCCAAAGUGAAAUUCUUGGCUGUAUCCAGAAGUCAGAAGAUCAGGCCCUGUGUCUGGAAACAAAGACAGUUGGACAAUGCGAGGGGGAAACUGGAAAGGCAGGGAAGAAGCGUAGUCGACACUUCCUACCUCCUGCUGCAGCCAUGAAGAUGAACACAGUCCUGAAUGGUGUGUUUUACUUUAAGAAACACCCAGACGGCUCCGUUGACAAGUUAAAAGCAGUAUGCACCUUGUGUGAAAUGGAAUUAAAAUAUCACCGAAGCACUUCGAGCUUAAGCUAACGUUACCAUCAACAUGCUAAGCAUACAGCUAGUACAGCUAAUCAUGUUGAUGCUAGCGGACUGAGGCAAAGCACUAUUUUGGAGAGUGCAAGUCAUGUACAUUGUUGUCGCAGGGGACAAUUGUUGAAACUGAGAAAGCAGCCAAACUGAAACUCCUACUUAAAGCAAAUGCUGUAUCAUUGGUUUCAACUGAACUCAAAAAUAAUGUAGCAAUGGAGUGGUGUGUAUUUUGUUUGUUGUGCACUUGUGUGUACAUUUGUGCAUGCACCUUUGCUGUAGAAUUUUUGAAAGCGAGCUUAAGGAAGACUUUAUUUCUGAAGACAUUGAUUGUUUUACCUCAGUCUUGUUGCACAUCUUUUGAUUUGAAAUAAUCAAAUAAAUCUAAAAGUCAAGUUCAUAAACUAACUUUCUUUGCAUUAAUUUGAUUUCCAAUCAAGAUACACUGGUAAGAAUUGUUAUUAUUAAUACAGACUUAAAACAGUUGAGAUAAAAUAAUAAUAGAAUUUUAAUCAUGUAAUACAACAUACGAUUAAUCGUGAUUAACUAUUGAAAUUCAGCAAUUAAUCACAAUUAAGAAAAAAAUUAUCGUGUGACAGUCCUACUUAAAACACAAAACAACACAAAGUGCUACACUGUUGUGGGUGUGUUGCUACAGUUUACAGAAUAGAUAAAUAAUAUAUAUAUAUAAUAAUAUGAACCACUUGUAAGGCUUAGUAAUUUCCAACACACUGCAUGUGGUUUACACUCCUUUGAGCUAGAAUUUUACAAAUCUGGACAGUCAACACAACAGUGUUCAGUGUUCAUCACAGUCAAAUUAAUUUUGACAAAAUGUAAAAUAUAUAGCAAUAAAUCCACAGAAAAAGAAAAAGUUUAUUCUGAAUAUAUUUGAAUUUUAUUAAUUGUAAAAAAAAAAAAAUUGUAUUCAUUGAUAAGCUAUCAUAACUAAACAGGAAAAGCAUUUAUCUUAAAUGUAACCAGAAACAGCACUGACAAAACAUAAACCAGGGAGCGAGUUCAUUGAGUUUGCUCAAUCUCACCCUCACCAUUCAUCCAUCUUGUCAAAACAUUAAUAGGAUGUGAUGAUGGGUUGUCAGCUAGCCGCUUUGCCAACAUACUAGCUAAGUGCUGCUGGCUCUACUGGCGGGCAUCGACUGUGGGAUUUUGGGGCUUGUAGGUGGUUAGAUAAAUAAGACACUUGAAUCCAACAUCAUAGUCAAAUUAAAGAAACACUACCAGACUGAUCUUCAUUUUCAACCAAACAGUGAAGUUAUUAUUUGGAGGCAAUGUAAAAUUAAGCUCAGAGGCUGGUCAGAAAAUGCACAGAUAGAAGGGAGUGAGCCUGUGGCAGAGGCAGACAGCAAAUAACCAGUGCCCCAGGCACAUUGUUAGGACACUGGCACAACUGGGCACCUAACAGCAAUCAACUGGCCUAAGUUAACAUCACAUUGGCUACAGGCCACCAGGGUGUCCUUGUUGUAAAAACCUCACUGUUGUUGAUAAGAGAUACAGAUUGCAUAUCUAUGACUAGUGGUGUAUAGACACUAGUGGUGUAAUGAUGAGGUAACAUUUCAGCCAUUUCAGUCUUAGAUAGAUAGGAUACUAGCCAGUUUGUCACUAUUUCUACACAGCCAACAAGCGGCAUUAUCCCACAGAGUUGUUUAUCAGACAGCUUAUCAAGAUGAGUGGCAAGUGUUAGGGUGUGAACUUGUCCAAGGGGGGGAGCCCUGCAAUAUAAUUUGCCAUCUCCAAGCUAAAAAAAAACCCAUAUAGCUUUAAUUCAACUUGAAAAACUGUUUUUAUUUAAUUUAAAACCUGUCCAAAAAUAAACAACUAGGAAUGUUCAUGUUUGACUUGAGCAGGGUGACAGAACAGAGUGAGUGACAGAUUCACUGUUGUCAUGUGUAAAGCACAAGGAAUGCAUGAAAGUAAGACGAAACGCCUCAAACAUACCCAAACUAAAUGAAGAACUUCUGAGAGUAACUGCAGUGGCUUGUGAGAGAUUUUGGCAUAAGCUGUCCCAUUGCACCAAGAGCUAUUUUUACAGCAAAUACCCAUGAGAGCGAGGGAGAACAGAACCGAGUUGAAGCAAAGCCACUGGCUUUCAACUUUGAUCAUUUCCCAUGUCCCUCCAAGUGCUUUAAUUUCUCUUUUACAGUGUAUAUUUAAUAUAGUAUUAACAAGAAUCAAAUUUCACGCAGAUGGAGGUCAUGUUUAAUGUGAGAGCUCAGGACAACGCAGGCACUGUUGUAAAAUGGGAGGUGUUUUGGGGUGGUGGAGGUUGGAGAGGGGGGUACUGGCAUUAGCGCAGAACAUUUUCUUUACAAUGAAAACAAUCUAACCAACUGCAGCACUCAGAGGAAUUCACCUCCCAUCCCCCACACCCCACCACCCCUACUCCACCACCAUUACAUUACCAUAUCAAAGCCCCGAGUUCAGAGCAAGUCUUCUCUUUCAAGAAUGGGAGCGAGGCAAAGGGAGGGAGGGAGGGGGUGAGGACAAGACCGAGGCAGUAGAGUAGACCCAAGACCGAGUUUGCUUUUAUCCCUGUUCAGUGUGUGCAUAUGUGUGCAAGAGAUACACAGUCUGUGUAUGUGUGAGUGUGUGUGCCAACACAAGUGAAUGUUUGUUAGAGAAAAAAAAAAAAAAAAA